AUGUCGUCUACUGCUGGCCUUGUGAUCCCCUGCAAAGCUGCGGUUGCAUGGGAAGCAGGGAAGCCAUUGGUGAUAGAGAAGGUGGAGGUUGCUCCACCCCAGGCCAUGGAAGUGAGGGUCAAGAUAAAGUAUACCUCACUUUGUCACACUGAUCUCUACUUCUGGGAAGCCAAGGGUCAGACACCACUGUUCCCGCGAAUCUUCGGCCAUGAAGCAUCUGGAAUUGUUGAGAGUGUUGGGGAAGGAGUUGAACACCUCCAGGUUGGUGAUCAUGUGCUACCAGUUUUCACGGGAGAAUGCGGGGACUGUGCGCAUUGCAAGUCUGAGGAAAGCAAUAUGUGUAACCUGUUAAGAAUUAAUACAGACAGAGGGGUCAUGCUUAGUGAUGGGAAACCAAGAUUUUCCAUCAAAGGGACUCCCAUUAAUCACUUUCUUGGCACAUCCACCUUCAGUGAAUAUACUGUUGUUCAUUCAGGCUGUCUUGCCAAGAUCAAUCGCCUGGCACCUUUGGAUAAAGUUUGCAUCCUUAGUUGUGGCAUCUCAACAGGCUUGGGUGCCACCCUGAAUGUAGCAAAACCAAAGAAGGGAUCUUCAGUUGCUGUCUUUGGACUUGGGGCUGUUGGCCUGGCUGCUGCUGAAGGUGCAAGAAUUUCUGGGGCAUCACGGAUAAUUGGGAUCGACCGAAAUCCCAAGAGAUUUGAGGAAGCCAAGAAAUUUGGAGUAAAUGAGUUUGUGAAUCCAAAGGACCAUGACAAACCAGUGCAAGAGGUUAUUGCUGAGAUGACAAACGGUGGAGUUGAUAGGAGCUUAGAGUGCACAGGCAAUAUUAACGCCAUGAUAUCGGCUUUUGAAUGUGUUCAUGAUGGAUGGGGUGUGGCUGUGCUUGUUGGAGUUCCGAACAAGGAUGCAGUCUUCAUGACUAAGCCGAUUAAUGUGCUGAAUGAAAGGACGCUUAAAGGAACAUUUUUUGGGAACUACAAACCUAGGACAGACCUUCCCUCUGUUGUGGACAUGUACAUGAACAAGGAACUGGAGGUAGAGAAGUUCAUAACUCAUCGAGUUCCUUUCUCCGAGAUCAACAAAGCCUUUGAUUACAUGGUGAAGGGGGAGGGAUUGCGAUGCAUCAUUAGCAUGGAAGAGUAG